AAGUCCACCUGUGCGCAUGUGCUCACUCUGACCCCGAUGGGAGUUGUAGUUCUGCGGGUGCAGCGCAGGGAGGAAACCAAACUGCGAUCCCCGCCCACCUCUGCCCGGCGGGAGGAAGCGGGCCCGGCGCCCGGGGGCUGGGCUCCCAACUUCUCUCUGCGAUGCUGCUGCUGUGCGUGUCGGUGGUCGCAGCCUCGGCGCUGGCAGCACCAGCUCCCGGGACUAUAUACGUUUUAAGGUUAAAAUUAAAGGAAACAAUUUUCUUUUUUCGUGAUGCGAUCAUUGUUAAUUACAUUUCUUCAUUCCAGGAUGGAAGGCUAACAUUUUAUCCAGGAAGUCAGGUAGUGAAACUUCCUUUUAUCAACUUCAUGAAAGCACAUGGCACUUCCUUUCUGAAUGCCUACACAAAUUCUCCAAUCUGCUGCCCAUCACGUGCAGCAAUGUGGAGUGGCCUCUUCACUCACUUAACGGAAUCUUGGAAUAACUUUAAGGGGCUAGAUCCAAAUUAUACAACAUGGAUGGAUAUCAUGGAGAAGCAUGGGUACCAAACACAAAAAUUUGGAAAACUGGAUUAUACUUCAGGACAUCAUUCCAUUAGCAAUCGUGUGGAGGCAUGGACAAGAGAUGUUCCUUUUUUACUCAGACAAGAAGGCAGACCUAUGGUUAAUCUUAUCCCUAACAAGACUAAAAUAAGAGUAAUGGAAGGGGAUUGGAAGACUACAGACACAGCAGUAAACUGGUUAAGAAAAGCAGCAGUUAAUCACACUCAACCAUUUGUCCUAUAUUUGGGAUUAAAUUUACCACACCCUUAUCCUUCACCAUCUUCAGGAGAGAAUUUUGGAUCGUCAACAUUUCACACAUCUCUUUAUUGGCUUAAAAAAGUGUCUUAUGAUGCCAUCAAAAUCCCAAAGUGGUCGCCUCUGUCAGAAAUGCACCCUAUAGAUUAUUACUCUUCUUACACAAAAAACUGCACUGGAAAAUUUACAGAAAGAGAAAUUAAGAAUAUUAGAGCAUUUUAUUAUGCUAUGUGUGCUGAGACAGAUGCCAUGCUUGGUGAAAUUAUUUUGGCUCUUCGCCAGUUAAAUCUUCUUGAGAAAACUAUUGUCAUAUACACCUCAGACCAUGGAGAGCUGGCCAUGGAACAUCGUCAGUUUUAUAAAAUGAGUAUGUACGAAGCUAGUGCCCAUGUUCCACUCUUGAUAAUGGGACCGGGAAUUGAGGCCAACCUACAAGUAUCAGAUGUGGUUUCUCUUGUGGAUAUUUACCCUACUAUGCUUGACAUUGCUGGGAUUCCUCUGCCUCAGAACCUAAGUGGAUACUCUCUGUUGCCAUUAUCAUCAGAAAUGUUUGAGAAUGAACAUAAAUUUAAAAGCCUGCAUCCACCCUGGAUUCUGAGUGAAUUCCAUGGAUGCAAUGUGAAUGCGUCCACCUACAUGCUUCGAACUAACCAGUGGAAGUAUAUAGCCUACUCUGACGGUGCUUCAGUAUCUCCUCAACUAUUCGAUAUUUCCUCAGAUCCAGAUGAACUAAUAAAUAUUGCUACAAAGUUUCCAGAAAUUACUUAUUCUUUGGAUCAGAAGCUUCGUUCCAUUAUAAACUACCCUAAAGUUUCUGCUUCUGUCCACCAAUACAAUAAAGAGCAGUUUAUCAAGUGGAAACAAAGUAUAGGGCAAAACUAUUCAAAUGUUAUAGCAAAUCUUAGGUGGCAUCAAGACUGGCUGAAAGAACCGAGAAAGUAUGAAAGUGCAAUUGAUCAGUGGCUUAAAACCCACACUCCUCCAAAAAAUAUCUCAACAAAAAUAAGAAAAUAAUGUUCUGGAGCUAUAUAGAAAUAUGUUAAAAGAUAAUGAUUAAUUAUGUGUUUUACAUGUUAGUUUUAAAUGUAAACUUUCAUUACAGGUAUUUUAAAGAAUGUAUAUUAUUUUAAAUAAAAAAUCAUAGAAUUACAGUAUAUAUUUUCAAAAAUUAUUACUAUUAACAUCUCAUUCUUAGCAACUUCUUACAACAUAAUGGAAGUAUUUAAAGGAUAUGGACAGAGCAUCGGCCUGCGGACUGAAGGGUCACAGGUUCUAUUCCAGUCAAGGGCAUGUACC